AUGAGAAUAUCACGAUGUGGUGCAAAAUAUCUCCGCCUUUCUUUUCUUUUUUUGAUUCUGUUUUUUCUGUUGUCUUCUUUCUUUCCAUUUCCCUUUCUUCUGGCUCUAUUUUUUGUUUUUCUUUUUUUCUUUCUAUUUUUCGUUUAUAUUCUUUUUUUCGACUUCACCGUCGACGUAACUGAUUCUCCGCCCACCGGAGCCAUUAUAAUUUUCAUGUGGUUUAAUGUUUGCCAUUCUUUCUCUUUGUUUUGUGGUUUCAUUUCCUCUGAUUUCGAUUUUUAUUCUUUCUUUCUUUCUUUCUUUCUUUCUUUCUUUGAUUUUCGUUUUAAGGCAUCUUCUUUCAUUUAUUAUUAUUUUAUUUUUCUUUCUUUUAUCAUCUUGUCUUUCUUUUUCUAUUUUUUCUUUCAUAAUUUUAUCAUAUUUUAUCGAUCUGAAUAUGAUGAUUGUCCCGUAACGGUGACGCCAUCUCCUGUCGAUCAAUGUAAAGCCGGUUCUGUACACAGGGUAUUCUCAAAACCUGACAACUGUGCCCAGUUCUACAAUUGCUCACUGCCUCGAGAAAAUCCAAGACCUGGUUACCUUGGUGAUUAUAUUGAUGAAUGUCCUUAUCCUAAACUAUUUUCGGAGCGUACAAAGAAAUGCGAAAAUUUUACAACCGUCAACUGUGGCAGUAGAAAAGAAAUCAAAUAUGCAUGUAAGUAUUUUCAUUAA